AUGCCUCCUGAGCUACCACCAGUUUUGCCCCCGCUUGGGUCUUUGAACCAAACUGCGACAGUCGACAGGACAGAUUCAGAUGAUACAGUCAAUGGGUUUACUCCCACUCUAGGAAUCAGAUCGGUUCGCCAUGGGUGCUGGUUAGUCAAUUUCCAGCCGGUCGGUUCGCCGUUGGUAGCUUAUGAUGGCACCAUUCGCGUCGAGGUCAACACUGGAGGCAGGACUGCCAGUGGUGAUCUCUAUCAAAGACCGAUAAUUAUGUUGCCACCUCAACCAGGUCAUCCUAGUGGCGUGACAGUCCUUGGGCCUAGACCGAGCCCUGCUGGUGGCAUCCCAAUACAGCCACUCAAUAGGUACCGCUACUAUCUUUCUAUCACCAAUAUUCUCGAGAAUACUACCACCGGAAACUCGUUUCAACUUGGAUUCCAGCGCUGGCGAUAUAUCUUGCCGAGCCCGGCCAAUCGCAACGGGUCAUGGGUCAACGAGGGCUCCUUCAGCGCUAAUAUGACCUGGAUAAGCGCUCCGGCAGGAUCAGGAUACCCCUCAAGCGGGGACUACCUCGAGGGAGACACCAAGAAUGCGGCCGGUGCCGUGGUCGGUCGUCUUAAGAUGGGCUGGGUUGCAUCAUAUUACCGAAAAGCAUCCAUCGAGAUAGACACCGUCAGCGGGUCCGACCGCCCUCUCGAUAAUGGCGCCGGCGAGAAUUGGGCCACGAUUGGCUCCAAGAUAGGAUGGAACCUGACAGUUUUCCCAAGCCAAAUCAACGUUACCGAAGUCAGUGGCCCAAGUUGGUCCAAUGGAGAACUGCAUGCAGCCAUGUUGAGGUGGAGGGACCAGAGCAACCUCAAUGUCGAAUGGCGAUAUCACAUCUUGGCUGUACAAUUUCUUGAUGCCACCGAGCGUGGAAUCAUGUAUGACGCGGGCGCCACUGAUUCUAACAAGGUUUCCCGCGAGGGCGUUGGUAUGUCGUCCCACUACAUCCCUCAAAGUGGCUUUGGUCUAGUAAAUGGUAAACGCUGGGGUGGAGAAAAGGCUCCUUACUUCCGCACAGCUGUCCAUGAGGUUGGGCACGCAUUUGGCCUCUUGCACAAUUUGAGCAAUCAAUAUUUUAUGGACACGAGCGAUCAGAUCGCAGCAGCAGGAGAGCUAGUGCCUCCAAAAUUCCCCCAGAACAUCAAAUGGAAUUUUGCUGAAAUCGAUCUCCGCCGCCUACGCCAUUAUCCUGACAUCUUUGUCCGUCCGGGUGGUGUUCCAUUUGCUGCGGCUUCGGAGACCACUCCAAUCAUCUCACCAUCGGACACCGAGAUCGAGGUCCCUGACCUGAAGUUGGAGGUACAGCCGCUGCUUCGAGUAGUACCUCUUGGUGCCCCGGUUCGAGUCACCAUCAAGCUCACUAAUACUAGUAGCACCCCUAUCCGGGCACCUUCAGAUAUUAGCUUCAAAUCCGGCUUUGUGAGGGGAUACGUGACAGAUGUUUCAGGUCCACCUAGGACAUUCAGUCCACUUGUGCUCACCGAUGAAAAUCCAAUAAACGACCUGCAACCCGGUGAAAGUGUCGAUGCCGAGUUGACUCUCUUACGUGGUCCUGAUGGCGCAUUAUUUCCAAAGGCCGGUGUUUCAGACGUCACUGUCAAGAUUAACUGGGCUGUUGGCGACGCCGUAGCUGCCGUAGUCGGAAAAGCAACUGUCAUGGUCACUUGUCAUGAGGACGCUAAACACGCCGAGGCCGCUCACAAAGUCUUGGCCACCCCUGAUGCUCAUCUCGUUCUUGUGCUCGGAGGAGACCAUCUGGAAAAGGGAAUCGAGGCUAUUAAAGCUGCACUGGAUGACAGUACCUUGCGUCCUCACUUCGCUGCCAUAGAAGCCAGGAGGUGUGCCCAAGGCCGAGAGCCUUUGAACCUUGACCAUGCAAAAAGGCUAUUCAAAGAGAGAGGUGUCAUAAUGAGUGAUAGUGAGAAGGCUAAAUUGGGGAGUCUCGUUGAACGCUGA